UCAGCUGAUGAGGAACAUACAUUAAUAACUGUAGAUAGUGUGGAUGUGAUGGAAACCGUCGGAUUUCCUAACUUGCAUUUUGCAAUGGUGUAUGAAGAAAGGACUAUUGUAACGCCAUUUCCAGAGCUGUUACGUUGACGAAAGGUUACAUCGUGCCCUUUCUCUGAGAACUAACGUUAAAUAGCUAUUAACUAGCCAGCUAGCUAACGUUAUCUUAUUGUGGUCCCGUGAAAGAUUAGCUAGCUAGCUGUAAAGCUACAGCUAGCAAGUCAUCGAUAGCCACCUAAUCCAGUUUUGAGGAACAACGCUUGGAGCCAAAUGCAUGUGAUGUGAUUUAGGAGACUUUGGAAAGGAGGCAGUGUUGGAACUAUUGAAGACUUCUAGUGGUGGCUUUGCAGUAGCUCCCUGCUGGCUCUCUGCAGUCCUGGAGCCAUGGAUCCCCUGGGAGCGCGUUCCCAGUUUGUGGAUGUCCAGACACUGCCUAUCUGGGACCAGCCUCAGGAAGGGGACACGGACGGUGAAGUGUGCCCCAGCAGCAAAACCGGCAGCCAGAACGACAGUCUGUUUGGCCAGCAGGAGGCGCCCCCCUCACCUUUUCCCUUCCGGGAGGACAUCAACAGGAAGAUUGUUCUCUUCACUGGAGACGUGGCCCUGUUGAACUGCACAGCAAUCGUCAACACAAGUAAUGAGACGCUGUCGGACAAAAAUCCUGUCUCUGACAGCAUCCACAGGCAGGCUGGGCCUGAACUCAGAGAGGAACUGCUCAAGUUGAAAGGCUGUCGCACAGGUGAGGCGAAGAUGACCAAGGGCUUCAACCUGGCCGCUCGAUUCAUCAUUCACACUGUGGGACCCAAGUACAAGGCCAAGUACAGGACGGCGGCCGAGAGCUCUCUCUACAGCUGCUACAGGAACGUCAUGCAGCUCGCCAAGGAGCAGGCCAUGGCGUCUGUGGCCUUCUGUGUGGUCAGCACGGCCAAGAGAGGAUACCCGCUCGAAGACGCCACUCACAUAGCACUCAGGACAGUGCGCAGGUUUCUGGAGAACCACGGCGAGAGCGUAGAGAUGGUGGUGUUUGCAGUGACGCAGCAGGAAGAGCCUGUAUACAGGAAGCUGCUGCCACUGUAUUACCCACGCUCGGAGGAGGAGGAGCGCGCCAGUCUGCCCCUCCUCCCUCCGGACAUCGGGAACUCCGAGGGCGAGCCCGUGGUCCCCGAGCGACAGAUCCGGAUUACGGAAAAGCCAGGCACCCUGGAAGAGGACUCUGAGGACGACAGCCUGGACUCAGACCUGGGCCUGGUGGGCACCCACGCCUUUGCGCGUAUGGAAGGGGACGUGGACAAACAGCGCAGGCUCAUCCUUCAGGGCCAGAUGUCCGAGGCAUCGCUACAGAAGCAGCACCAGAGAAACUAUAACCGCUGGUUAUGCAGAGCAAGAGCCGAGGACCUGUCCGACAUCGCAGCGCUUAAAGCAUUAUACCAAACUGGGGUGGACAUCUGUGGGCGAACGGUCAUGGUCCUUGUGGGGAGGAAUAUUCCAGUGACGCUUAUAGACAUGGAAAAGGCGUUGCUGUACUUCAUCCACGUCAUGGAUCACAUUGCGGUGAAAGAGUACGUGAUGGUGUACUUCCACACGCUCACCGGUGAACACAAUCAUCUGGACUCAGACUUCCUGAAGAAGGUCUACGACAUCGUGGAUCCCAAAUUUAAGAAGAACCUGAGGGCGUUCUACUUCGUACAUCCUACGUUCCGCUCCAAGGUGUCCACAUGGUUCUUCACCACCUUCAGUGUCUCCGGUCUCAAGGAGAAGGUCCAUCAUGUGGAGACCCUGCAGCAGCUGUUCACCUGCAUUGUCCCAGAGCAGAUCGACAUCCCACCUUUCGUCCUGGAGUAUGACGCACGGGUGAAUGGACCUUACCACCCAGCCCACUCCUCCGGUCUUUGAAGAAACGUGGCACCUGACCCCAGGACCUGGACCUGGACCUGUUCUGCAUUUGGUUUUUUUAGUAGCCCGGUGAUGCCACAAAUACGUCUGAUACACACGAUCUGAGUAUCACACCGCAGCCAGGCAGUGGCCAAAGGUAUGAUUUUUCUGGUGCAGGCAGACCCAGUCCUCUGUCACCAGCAAGCCUGCGAGGACCUUUCUCUGUCUGCAGGGACUCUACGGAGAGGCUGACUUGCCCUUUUUACUUUAUGACCGUUUGAAUACAAUCAGAGAGGGUGGCUGCAUGUUCCGGGAGCCAUACAACCCCAUCCCCCCCGCCCCCUGCGCAUAUUGAGCGUCAGUUCAAGGGUACACCGCAGAAGUGUCUUAAAUCCCAUACCCUACCUGUCUCUCAGCAGUGCUGCCAAACCUGGUCUUGAAUGAUUGUGGAUCGUGUGUGAUUGUGCCGUUUCCUUCCACCCGCUGGUUCCCCCAACUGCCAGAAGGCGUUUCUCAUCCCUCCGAGGCACUCUGUCUAUCGCGGUGAAAGUUUCACUGGCCGCUCAGUUACUCAUGCAGCUGGUAUUGUGCUGUGCCUCAACAGAACCACAUGUGGUUUGCGAUCCAAAUCAUUUUUCCUCAUCAACUUUCCAUAAGCCACAAAACAAAACAAAAAAAUUGAAAAGAAGAGAAGUUCAAGCUGAGUGUCAGUCUUCAUCCAUAAUCGUUCCUUGUUCAAGUAAACGCUUUUGAGUUUUCUAAGCGUUUUACGUUGACGUUGCCUUUCCAAAUCACAGUCAUGCCGUUAAAGGUGGAGGAGCGCUGUAAAACACCCAUGUGUGUAAUAGCAUAAGGGCCUCAGCGGAAACCCUCAUUUUCCAAGCAUUUGGGUGACUGUGCUGCAGGUUGUUGUCUACAGUGCUGUGCCACCCAGGCAGGACACUCAUAUAAAAACAUAUUUAGCAUAAGAGUCAGAAGGCUAGUGCCACAGUGGUGUCAGACACACGCAGAGCAGAAA